UUACCAGUGGUUCUCCGGUGCCCUGCCUACCGCUCUUUGUCUCUCCCUGUCAUUCUUGUUGCCCUCAAAUACCCCUCACCAUACCCGGGCAACACGACGAGACAAGUCGCCUCAUCUGAGUCCGUCCUUGGUAUGUGUACGAGGAUUAUCCUAACUCACCUUUGACCUUCAGUCACCUCAGAGGAACCAAAGAUAAUCCUAAAUGUCUGUUCAUUUUUACGUCAAUGAGAGAACAGUUAGGACGAAAUAUACCCUGACGUAUCGUGAUUCAAAAGUUGUAGUGGUUCUUGUGGUCUAGUGAUUUCUCACCCCCCAGUGUACGAAAAAAAAAAAUAGAAGGGUAAAGGAAAGGAUGGUGUCGUGCUAGGAAAAAAAAGAAAAAAAAGAUAAGGCCAUAGGCAGAGAUGGUCCAAAAAGGUCCAAACUACACUUCGGAUGCCAUCUUAGGCCUACCCAUAAAGUGUGAGUAUUCCCCACCGGGAUAUACUCUGCCUCUGCAGGAGUCCCACUUAGAGGCAGUGUCUUCCUCCUCGAGCACAUUGGCACCAGCCCCUACAGCACUGUCGUUAAUGGCCGAUGUCAGCCCUCGCAGUUCCUGCGGGAACCACGACGCCCGCUCAUCCUGCGGAGAGGAAGAACCGCGCGGUCGCAAGAGGCACAUCGAGGACGAGAGUGAGGAGAGCCGCCUGGCCAAGACUCGGAAGAAAUCGCCCCAGAGCUACGAAGAGCUGCAGCAGGCGAGGAUCUUAGCCAACGUCCGCGAGCGCCAAAGGACGCAGAGUUUAAACGAAGCCUUCAGUUCCCUGAGGCGGAUCAUCCCCACGCUCCCCUCGGAUAAGCUCUCCAAGAUCCAGACUCUAAAGCUUGCCAUCCGAUACAUAGACUUUCUCUACCAGGUGCUGGAUACCGACGCCCACGACCAAAGGCUCUCUUCCUCCUGCACCUACGUGGCACACGAGCGACUCAGCUAUGCCUUCAACGUCUGGAGGAUGGAGGGAGCCUGGGGUGGACACCUAUAAUACAGUGACGGACCGCAGCGGAGGGACCAAGAACACAAAGUGAGAAAUAGGACCCACAAAGAGUCGAGGACUGUGACCCAGGAAGGACAAUAAACCUCUCCCUGUGGUGAUGCCAAGAGAAACAACAGUGCCCACAAUAUGCCCACGGAAUACCCGCAAAGUGCCCACCCCAGAUCCACGAGUCCCUCUCUCUUCUAAGACAGUACCUCACCACCAAGAGCAAGACGACGAAACAUAGGAAAAGAGUUAGCAUACACUCCAAGUUACUUAACAAAAAUGGGCAUACAGCCGUUGGCACUAACGUGGGUGGGUGGGUAUAAAGUGGUGGAAAAAAGACCAUGCCAUGUGUCUCUUUUUUUAUUUUCGUUGACACCAAAUUAACUUCCUGUCACUCAUGAUUCGGGCAUCUAUAAACCUCAUGACCACGAAUGUCUCCGACAAAUGGCACUUGUGCCGUGAACUGAUUAUUCCCAAAACUUGGCUGUUAUGUAGUUUUAGUGCUGAAUUUUAUACAAGAUGAAGAGCAGCGCAAGCAGUUGCCGCCCGUGCUGAAAUUGUGGUGCUACUUGAUGUAAUGUGUAUAUAGCGAUGUAUUUAUUAAUGAUGUUGCCCAGUUGAGGGCAGAAACCGAACUCAGAUGUUAAGGAAGGUGCCUAUGUACAAGAUCAUUCUACCUGCGUCUCUCUCUCUCUCUCUCUCUGGGUCCCAUAUCCAUUGACAGUACUAUGGAUCCCCUGCCGACUUCCCACUCUGCCGACAAUAGUAGCAGUUACGCAAGAUGAUCUUCAUUGUAAUUGCACGCUCAUUACAGUGCAAACAAGCCUACAGGAAUUCUAAUGAAUUACGGAACCCAGUUAUGCUGUCAUUUACAAACCCAGUUAUGCUGUGAGAUGUAUUACAGCUUUUCAUGUAAGAAUUAUCAAAACUUGAGUUGCUGAAUGUAUGAAACAAUGCGACGACCCAAAUGGAAAUAAUAUGUAUAAGUUAAGAAGGCACGAAAGUCCUGCAAAAUGUGGUGAAUUCAAUAACAUGAUUCUUUUAAAGAUAAACCUGUUAUGUUAUUAUAUUUAGGUAAGUAAUGUUGACGUCACUGAAAACGAAGCUUAUCAAAAAUAAUACUUCUAUACUUUCAAGUUUUCUUGUUAUUUUGCACAAAUUCAUCGUAUCUAAAAGUGUCGUCUGAUAUCAUGAUUUAUUGGUUAGUCCUUAUUCCCCAAUACCUCAGUUUCGCUCGUGCAAUAGUGCGCAUGCGCAAGCGCACCAAAAGGCUAAAUAAAAAUUCUCCUCAUUCCAGACACCUAACACGAGCACGCAGCCUCGCGUGGUAUCCAAUCUCCAGGUAAUAUUUAAUAGCUUGUCUUAAUCCCUUAGGGGAGAAUAUUGAGUCCUUU